CGGGCCGGGCUGCGUUCACCGUUCUAGCAACAUAGCUCGAUCGAGUGAGGGGACUACCUCGGUGGGAAUCAGUUCGAAAGCCCUCAAUCUCCCUUCAGGUCGUCUUCUAAGUCGACGAGUGCUAUGGCUAAUAGGCACACCAUUGUAUUGAUGCAGCCAUCUCAGAACAGGGCAACGAGAACUUUUAUGGAUUUUGAUUCAAUCAGUCAAUCCAUGGAUGGAAUUUGUGGACUUUAUGAGAGAAAACUGAAGGAGAUCAACCCAACUAUCUUAAACAUCACCUAUGACAUUGCUGAUCUAUAUAACUUCAUUGAUGGCUUUACUGAUCUGAGUGCCUUGGUCUAUGAUCACUCCAUUCAUGCCUUUCUACCCUACGAUCGACAGUGGAUUAAACAGCGCAUGUUUCAACACCUCAAAAGACUCGCUCUGCGAUAGACAAGCAAUGUUUAUGAUUGAUAUUUAGGCUUCGUUUUGGAUGGUUUUUUUACUGCUUCGUAAAAUAGCUUUCUAGUUCAAAAAAGUAUUUUUUGCAUUAAAAAACUACUUUACGAAUUAGUAAAAAAGCCGUCCCAAACGAAACCUUAGUAUAUUAUAAUGCCUUGAUUAGGUUCUCUACUUUGAUAAUUCUUGUGAUUAGCCAUUCUAUAACUGGCAAUACUUGUUUAUUAGUGUUGUAUGUGGGCACAUUUUGUAUAUUCUAUACUUCAGCUUCUUGCUUGAAGGGAAGAAAAAAUGAAGAGGUUGUCGUUCACUUGCAGCUUCAUUCUAGGUGAAGUAUUCUUGUGGGAUGAAUCAACGAUUGAAAACCCUAUUUUUUUGA